AUGCACCACGGUAGUGCAUUGGCGGAGCCCCAUUUGCAAAAGCGGACCAUGUCAAUUCACGAGGCCGGCCCAAGCGCCGAGCCUGACGACCCUUCACGACAGCGACUCGGAAUCCAUUUCGGGGUCGUCGGCCCGUCGUGCGGCGACCAGCCCUGGCUUCUUGAGCGGAAGACAGACCGGUGUCUCAAGAGCUGGCUCAUGACGGCAGAUGGGAUAUCCGCCCUGGCGGAUGCUCGCGUGCUCCGUCUGGAGUUGUGCGAGGAGUUCUUCUUCGAUACGUAUGGAGAAAACAACCAACACGGCCUGGCUAGAUCUGCUGCAGGGCAGCACCGGGACGUUCCCGUAUCACCGGCGCAGCUCAUGGCAGGGAUACGAUCUAUCCUCGUCGCACUGAAAAAGCAGUUUGACGUCGUCGAGAUCGUCGUCAACUCUCUGGGCGAGCGCAGCUGUAUGUCGGACUACUUUCCAGACGAGCUGGACGACGGACCGGGCGUCCUACGUCCCACGGACAAGGUGUACCGAGACUUCAUGGGCGAGUUUACCCGACUUGGCAAGGGCGUCGUGAAGGAGGUGCACCUAAGCGGGGUGUUUCCAGACGACUGGGUCGGCCUGAUCGAGGCUAGGAUGGGGAGUCGAGUCUCGAAGGACUUGUCGGUUUUCGCCGACGAGAUCGGCAUUUUGACGGAUCCCAAGAUUGACUGCGAGGGCGUCAUGGACCACUAUGGCCCUGCAGGGCCGACAGCAGGCUGGGAGAGGCGGAUGAGAAGAUGCCACGGCCGGGCCAAGACGAGAAUGGUCAGGGGCGCCAGUGGACGAGAGACUGGGGAUGACGCCCAGCUCGAAUUUGACCCGGGCUAUGUUUCCGAGAGUUGA